CUUAUUUAUAAGGUUUCUCUUAUUUGUUUGAAUGAGGAUAAGUAAUGGGCCACAAACAAGCUCUUAUUGGGCCAUAAAUCUAGUCUAAUUGGUCAUUGAAAUAGGCCCGGCCCAACUAUCAGCCGUCCGUUUAAAAUAUGAAAUAUCACCAUGUCCACGGCGGACCUCAGCCUAUCAAAAUGGCGUCGUUCUGCAGCCACUCAAUCCUCCGGCCACCGACUUCCUUUCCCGCUAAAACCCCAAUCUCCGGCGGCGCUAACCUGUGCGCCGCCUACAUUAACCUUCGCGCCCGUAUGCCAUUCACCACGGCGGGAACCCUUUCACGACCUCUGAGUGCGGUCUCACCUCAGACGUACGUCUAUCCUGACCCCAUCCCUGAAUUUGCAGACGCCGAGACGCUGAAGUUCAGGGCUGAAUUACUGAAGAGGCUUUUGAGGGAGAAAGAUACAUUUGGAGACGAUCUUCAAAUUGUUGUCAGUAUCUGCGCAGAGAUAUUAAGUGAUUUCCUGCAUAAAGACUAUGGAGGACCUGGGACUUUACCAAUCGAGCCUUUUACAGAUAUGAUGGUGGCAUUAAAGGAGAAAAAUCUUCCCGGUGCACCAUUAGCCGCUCGAUUUUCGUUACUGUGGGCACAGAUUCAUGUCGACAAGGAUUGGGAAACUUGGAACUCCAAAUCACACAAAUGAUGUCAAUUUAUGGAUAAUUGCGUUUUACUGCCCUUGAGAGGUUUGAUUGAAUUAUAAUAAAGCAGACUAUCUUUCAUGAUUAUCAAUUACCUCAAUGAUGUAUGUUGUUCUUCUUUGUGUGGGCUCUUUUGAGUGGUAAAUAAUGUGCAAAAUGAAUACAACCCUCGAAGGAGUACUUUCUUGUUCUAAAGAGAACAAGAAAGGAAGUUGAGUUUGGAUAAAGAGACUGAGUGGUGAAAUUUAAUUGUGACAAACAGUCUAAUUUUGUGAACCUAUGAAUCUAUAGCCUAUACAANAGAAAA